AUGCCGUCCUUCUACGCUCCUGCCCUUCAGGGCCUUCCUCCCACCCCUCCUCACGUCCUGCCUGGCGGCAGGAUGGACAGCGAGCAGCCGUAUUAUCUCGUCAAUAACUCUGCCUUCCCUCCCCGCUAUACGCAGAACGGUUGUGAAUUCAUCGAGCAGUACUCCCAGUCCACCCACUACUCGAAACCCGCUCCGAUGAAUCUCCCCGUUCACCAUAUGCACAAUGGCAGAGAUAUGACCGCCGCUCAUCCUGCGUUGAAUCCGUCGUUCGGCCCCCUGCCUACCGCGAACGUGUUGCCUCCCAUCCGCUCCGGCCUUCAGCUGCCUCCCAUGGAGAGUGCGAUCCCCCCGCAAUACCGCCGUCAAGAUGUCAUGAUGCAACCAGAGCAACAGCAGCGCAAAGAGGAAAAGGCCACCGGAGGCGUAGCCGCCCACCUGGAUUAUGAGAUGGAACAGAUGUCCGACUUUGUGGCCGAGAUGGCUCAGGGAAUGUAUGCUUUGUACAUCACCAAGAUCAACCUAGCAGAUAUUGACUUCGCGCGAAGCGUCUACCCAGGAACAUCGGUCCCUCCCCAAUUCCGGAAAUACGUCUAUCAGAUCCUUUCUUCGACCCGCCUCCCAAGUUCCACGAUUCUGCUUGGUCUCUACUACCUCGCCAGCAGAAUGCGCAUGCUGUCGUCCGCCAAGGUGUACACUUCCGGCAGCGGGCAAGUCUACCGUAUGCUGACGGUCGCCCUUCUCCUGGGAAGUAAGUUCUUGGACGACAACACCUUCCAGAACAAAUCGUGGGCCGAAGUCAGCAACAUCCCCGUCGGUGAGCUGAAUACGAUGGAACUCGAUUGGCUCUUUGCCUUUGAAUGGAAGCUCCACGAGCGCAUCCAUGAUAAGCAGGACGGUUUCUCCUCGUGGCUUUCUCACUGGGAGACUUGGCGUGCAAAGGCUACCGCUCGGGCUCAGGAGACUCGCCACAGCCUCGCUCCCAUUGACACCAACGUCUCUCGCGGACAUGUAAUGUCGAAGCCACUUCUGUCCCCUGAGGGACCGAUUCCUCCGCAGUACCAGCGGAGUUCCCACUAUGAGAACUCCUGGCUCAACCCUGCGGCGUCGGAGUACUCGCCGCCAUCUGCUCCCCACAGUGGUCCGACCACCCCUGACUACUACGCUGUUGGAUCUUGGGCCUAUGCCAAUCCUCCCCCGCCGUACACACGCACGUGGGUUCCGCCACCCCAGCAGUACAUGCCUCAGUCCGCACCCCGAUCACAGCCUCCAUCGUACCACCACACGCCAUCUUAUGCGUUGCCGUUUGCACAAAGUGCGUGGACCGGCCAUGGGUCCACUUGCGGCUGCUUGUACUGUGCCAAGCACGUGGAGCACUACAUGUGUGCGAAUGCGUUUGGUCCAAUGCAGGCCAUGGUCGCUUAG